GUUAGCUUACAACAUUGAUCGUGAAUAUUGAAGGCCAUUUACCAGUCACUUUGAUUGGAUGAGCGAGUUCAACGGGUUCAGCCAAGUGUUGUUGAUCUGUGCGAUUGUUCUUUUUCGUUAUUUCCAUUUCAUCUGCCAUCGAAGGACAAUGAAAGGACGAGGCUCCCUGUGAAUAGAGACGUGUCUGUCCCACCUUUCGAGUCAAUUAAUGAUGAAUAAUCGAUCAUUGUCGUGACUGAUUCGAUCAUCUCGGUCGCCAUUGAUAAAUAGAUGUUGCCUCCGAUUGGGAGAACGUUGACGUUUUUAUUUGAUUAAUCAUUGGGAUAAGUCAAAGUCGAUUUGAUUCUCAAUUGAUGGAAAAUUCAAAUUAUAGUUCACUGAGUUUUCAAACAUUUGGUCUAUUGUUGGGCGCAUGGAGAUCUGAUGGUUGAGAGCCCGUUGGAUGAGAUAAAGCAGAAUGGGACUCAUUUGUCGCUGAUUAAAUCUACGGAAAUGUCAUGUGAAUGAGGCGUUGUUACAAUUCUUUGUGUCUCGAGAAUUCAGAAAUAAAUUUCUGAAAAGAUAGGAAAUUGUUAGAAUAACUGUGAAAUUAUUCUAAGGAGUGAAUGAUGGAUAGUGUUAAUCUAGUCGUGAUUGCGAUGGCGCUGAUGUGCCUGGUCAUGGCCAGUAGCGUUGACAAUCAAGAUGCAGAGAAGAAAUUAAAUCGAUUAGCCACUUACAAACUACCGAAUAACAUCAAAGUGACAACGACUCGGCCGAUUACCAAAAUUCGAAAAUCGGGGAAUAAACUCAGGCGAAAAACAAAUGUUGUGGCGAUGGACAAUACGACGAAACUUCCAGUUGAUUCAGGGGAGGAAGAGGAGGGGAAUUUUUCGUUACUGCUGAAACAAGCCGAACUGAGGGGAAGACCAAAAAAACACAAGAAGAUGAAGCGAGCCCUGAUAGCCCUUCUGCUGGCUUACAAACUCAAAUUCGCAGCCCUGGUUCCCGCCAUAAUCGGGGGCUUAAUAAUGCUGGUGAUGACAACUGGUCUCGCUGGUUUUUUCUUCGCCCUUUUCGCCGCGGUAUUGGGCCUGAAGAACACCUGAGACCCGUAUUACAUUCGAUUCUCUCGGGAAAUUCGGGAAAAUCAUUAAAUAAGUAUCUACGAAAAUGGACUAAAAUCGAAUAAUUUAUUGUACCUCGACGACUCGCGUCCAAUCAUAUAAGUUAAACAAAUAAAUAUCUGAAUAUUGUGGCUGUACACGACGCCAUUUGUAUUUUUCUCUCAUUCCACAGAAUCAUAAUUUAUUCACAAUCCAAUGGAAUCAAUCCAAUCAUAUCUGAUUAUCAGUUUCAGUGCUACUGUAUCUCCGUUGAA